AUGGUGGAUGUGAACACGUAUGUCAAAAUAGUGCUGGUAGCUUUACUUGUAGUUGUAGAGCGGUAUAUCAACGAAUGCAGCAAUAGUAAUGGUGGAUGUGAACACUUGUGUCAUAACACUGCUGGUAGCUUUACUUGUAGUUGUACAGCAGGGUAUAGUUUAGCAUCUAAUGGACUCUUGUGCAUAGAUAAUAACGAAUGCGAUGACGUGAAUGGGGAAUGUGAGCAAACCUGCAUAAACACGGCUGGCAGUUACCAAUGUGGAUGUUAUUCUGGAUAUAUACUGGAUUCAGACUUAAAAUCCUGCUCAGAUAUCGACGAGUGUAUGAAUACCGAUAUUGCUUGCGAGCAUGGUUGUACAAACACACCUGGCAGCUACAUAUGUACCUGUAGUGUCGGAUUCGGUUUGGAUGAAAAUGGACACUCUUGUUCAGAUGUUGACGAAUGCACACAGGACCAUGGAUGCUCUAACAUAUGUGUUAAUACCGUUGGCACAUACAUCUGCCAAUGUGAGUCUGGAUACGUACUAAAAGAUUUUGGCAAGACGUGUGUAGAUGUAAAUGAAUGCAGUAAUAAUAAUGGUGGUUGUCAAGAUAUAUGUCAUAACAUUGCUGGUAGUUUUGCAUGUGAUUGCAGUACUGGAUAUACGUUAGCUGGAAAUGACAUGGAAUGUAUAGACAUAAAUGAAUGUAGCGUUAAUAAUGCUGGAUGUGAUCAUACUUGUCAAAAUACUGCUGGUAGUUUUACUUGUGGUUGUAGGAACGGGUACAGAUUAUUAUCGAAUGGAAUGUCUUGCGCCGACAACAAUGAAUGCAGUGUUAAUAAUGGUGGUUGUUCUCAGACAUGUAUAAACAAUGUUGGUAGUUUCACAUGCUCCUGUAACUAUGGAUACAGCUUGGCCUCGGAUAACAAGUCUUGCAUAGACGUCGACGAGUGCACAGAUAUGAAUGGUGGAUGUGACCAUGUAUGUUUGAACUUAGCUGGCAGCUACCAAUGUCAAUGUGACCUUGGAUAUAUUCUGGAGACAGAUGGAAAGACGUGUGCAGAUAUUGAUGAAUGCAUGUUGGCAACAAAUGAUUGUGAUCAAGGAUGUACAAAUGCACCUGGAAGUUUUAUGUGUUUGUGUAGCUUUGGGUACAUUUUAGAUGAAGACGAGCGAGCAUGUGCAGAUGUGAAUGAGUGCAGUGUUAACAAUGGUGACUGCAGUCAAACAUGUAUUAAUACCCUUGGGAGUUAUAUGUGUGUAUGUGAUACGGGAUAUGAACCAGGAACAGACGGGGAGACAUGUAUAGAUGUCAAUGAAUGUAUUGCUGACAACAGCGGAUGUGAACACAGCUGUGUGAACACAGCUGGAAGUCACCAUUGUCAGUGUAAUGCAGGGUACACCAUGGGAAAUGACGGUGCUUCAUGUGAAGAUUUGAACGAGUGUAACGAUGACAACGGUGGAUGUGCUCACAUAUGUAUUAAUACCGAUGGAAGUUACGAUUGUCAGUGUAACACAGGUUUUACAUCAGAUUUGAAUAUAUGCACAGAUGUAAAUGAAUGCAAUGACUUAAAUGGUGGAUGCAAUCAUACCUGUAUAAACACGGCCGGUAGUUUCAAUUGCCAGUGCAAUGCAGGAUACACUCUAGAAGACAACGGUAUGACUUGUACAGACAUUGAUGAGUGUACGGAUGAUAAUGUUGACUGUGAGUAUGUUUGUACAAAUACACCUGGAGGUUUCCAGUGUUCGUGUGACACGGGAUACAUGAUGGUAGAAGAGGACGGUUCAUGUACAGACAUUGAUGAAUGUUCUGAUGAUAAUAAUCCGUGUGGAGAACUACAUUGUAUCAAUUCGCCGGGAAGUUUCACAUGUUCAUGUGGUGCUGGCUACAUACAGGACGGAUCGUUUUGCUAUGAUAUUGACGAGUGUUACAAUUACGAUGAUAACUGUGAGCAAAUAUGUGAAAACACUGUGGGGAGCUUUACUUGCCACUGCAUAGAUGGAUUUCAACUAGGUGACGACGGACGAUCAUGUGAAGUGCUUGCUUUAGAUAUCGAAUAGUCAUCGUGUAUGGACCACACACAGAAAAUAUAAUAACGUACAGAGAUAUGUCAAUUUAUAUGAAAUACGUGAGCUAAGAUCAAGGAUAACAAUCUCCGAACAAUUAUUCCUCAGGGAUAUUUCUACAUUGUGCGAGCUAUGUCAAUCUUUGUAUAAUCUUUUUCUCGACUUUCAAUAACAAUUUAUUGAGUAUCUGAAUUAGUUUGGUAACCUGCACUUUUAAUAAACAUAUAUUAUAUUAAAUG